AUAUAAACGCGUGUAUAUACAGCAGCAAGUUCUUUCUCAAGCACGAGUGCUGUGCCGCCAGUGUUUAUCAAAAUAUCCGGAAGCGUGGAUCUCGACGGAGAGACGUCGUAGGAAGCAACCACACACGCUGCGCUCCAACCCGAAUUUUCCGCAGGAAUCAUGGCCAAAGACAAUCUCACCGCCGUACUUUACGGAAUCAACGAUUUACGUCUGGAGAACACGCCCAUCGAGGAACCACAGGAUGAUGAGGUACUUCUGGAAAUGGCAUGCGUAGGAAUUUGCGGAUCAGAUGUUCAUUACCUCGUCAACGGCAGAAUCGGUGACUUCGUGGUGCGCAAACCCAUGAUCAUCGGACACGAAUCUGCCGGUGCCGUCGCCAAACUUGGGAAAAAUGUCAAGAACUUGAAAGUGGGCGAUCGCGUCGCCAUCGAGCCUGGCGUACCUUGUCGGAUAUGCAAAUUUUGCAAGAUAGGACGUUACAACCUGUGCAAGGAUAUCGUUUUUUGCGCGACACCGCCGGUACACGGCAGCCUAAGACGUUUUUACAAACACGCGGCUGAUUUCUGCUUCAAAUUGCCCGACCAUGUAAGCUUUGAGGAAGGCGCGCUCUUAGAGCCAUUGUCAGUGGGAGUGCAUGCUUGUAAACGAGGAUCAGUCGGAAUUGGUUGCAAAGUACUAAUUUUGGGAGCUGGUCCAAUCGGUUUAGUGACAUUGCUAGUGGCCAAAGCUAUGGGUGCAAGCAAAGUAGUUAUUACUGAUAUUAUAGAGAGUAGAUUGAAAAUAGCAAAGAAACUCGGCGCCGAUGAUACGUAUCUGGUGCAAAAGGAUAGAUCGGAGUCUGAUACAGUGACCGAUAUUCACGCGAUUUUUGGAGAUGAACCUGACAGGACGAUAGACGCUUCAGGCGCACAAUCUUCAAUACGCUUGGCAAUCCUCGUGACCAAAUCUGGUGGAGUCAUAUUACUAGUGGGCUUGGGUAGUCCUGAGGUGCAAAUUCCAUUAAUUAACGCAACGAUAAGGGAAGUUGAUAUCAGAGGUGUCUUCCGAUAUGUGAAUGACUACAGUGAUGCAUUGGAUCUAGUUGCAUCUGGCAAGGUAAAUGUGAAACCUUUGAUCACUCAUAACUACAAAAUAGAAGAUACUUUGAAAGCAUUUGAAACUAGCAGGACUGGAGCAGGUGAAGCCAUUAAAGUCAUGAUUCACUGUAAAUAAACAAACCAGAUUAAAGCUUUGGAGAAAUUUAUCAAACGCUAUUGCGUCCUUCAAGAUGAGUGUUAUAUGGAAAAUAUUUUAACUUUUGAUAUGUUGGCAUGCUGUUUAUUAAAGAGAUUAUCAUGUUAAAAUUUAUAGAUGGUCUAUUUUAAUCUGCAAGAUGUAAUCAAAAUGGUAAACGAUUAUAUUCGCGCAGAAUAAAUGACGCGAAUAAUUCACGUUUUUACGAGA